CCGUUGGGGUCCGGGCCGAGGCCGCCGCGUGGAAGCCGCGCCGCCCGCCGCCAUCAUGCUGGCGCUCAUCUCCCGCCUGCUCGACUGGUUCCGCUCGCUCUUCUGGAAGGAGGAGAUGGAGCUGACGCUCGUGGGGCUGCAGUACUCGGGCAAGACCACCUUCGUCAAUGUCAUCGCGUCAGGUCAGUUCAGCGAGGACAUGAUCCCCACGGUGGGCUUCAACAUGAGGAAGGUCACCAAGGGCAACGUCACGAUAAAGUUUGGGAGUGUGACCCUUAAGCCAGUGAAGCGUCCGAUUUCAGUCGUGCUCACUGACGCGCCGGGAGAACGCGUAUUGACAUCAUUUUGCUCCUUUAAAAGUUACAUGAUAGAUGCUGCAGAUCGGGAGAAGAUAGAAGCUUCGCGGAAUGAGCUGCAUAACCUCCUGGAUAAGCCGCAGCUACAAGGGAUCCCAGUGCUAGUGCUCGGAAACAAGAGGGACCUGCCGAACGCCUUGGAUGAGAAACAGCUCAUCGAAAAGAUGAACCUGUCUGCUAUUCAGGAUAGAGAAAUCUGCUGCUAUUCGAUUUCUUGCAAAGAAAAGGAUAACAUAGAUAUCACGCUGCAGUGGCUUAUUCAGCAUUCAAAAUCCAGAAGAAGCUGAAGCACCUCCUGGAGUCUUCCAGCCCUCCCGGCUUUCCUCCUAGAAUUGUCCGCUCCUCCCAAGCCCUUCUCGGAGCCCGGUCCUGCCUAAGCCCAAGACAUCGCCUUCUCCAGACUUGACGUCUCGCGUGCGCUGCUGAAGACGCCCAGCGGCCGCUAGUCCGCUCGCUCGGAAAGGCUUCCCCACGUGUUUGUCUCAGACCGUGUAGAGCUUUUUUAAAAAACACACCUGGCCAUCUUAAAUCAAGAAAAUUGCAUAUUUCUGUUCUGGUCUUUCUGGGCCGGGUUUUUAUAUCGGUUUUCAGUAAACGUGCCGGUGUUUGAGCGUA